GUCAAAGAACUCGUUCUUGACAACUGCAGGUCAUGCGAAGGCAAAAUCGAAGGCCUCACAGAUGAGUUUGAGGAGCUGGAAUUCUUGAGUACAAUCAACGUAGGCUUGGCCUCAGUUGCAAACUUACCAAAGUUAAACAAACUUAAGAAGCUCGAGCUAAGUGACAACAGAAUCUCAGGAGGGCUGGAAGUGUUGGCAGAAAAGUGUCCGAACCUCACGCAUCUAAAUCUAAGUGGCAACAAAAUAAAAGAUCUUGGUACAAUAGAACCUCUGAAAAAGUUAGAAAACCUGAAGAGUCUAGAUCUGUUCAACUGCGAGGUAACCAACCUGAACGAUUACAGAGAAAACGUGUUCAAGCUCCUCCCCCAACUCACAUACCUCGAUGGCUAUGAUCGGGAUGACAAAGAAGCCCCAGACUCUGAUGCAGAGGGCUACGUGGAGGGCUUGGACGACGAGGAGGAAGAUGAGGAUGUGAAAGAUCGGGAUGACAAAGAAGCGCCGGACUCUGAUGCAGAGGGCUACGUGGAGGGCUUAGACGACGAGGAGGAAGAUGAGGAUGAAGAGGAGUACGACGACGAUGCUCAGGUAGUAGAAGAUGAAGAAGAUGAGGAGGAAGAGGAGGAAGGAGAAGAGGAGGAUGUGAGUGGAGAAGAGGAGGAGGAUGAAGAAGGCUACAACGACGGCGAGGUAGAUGAUGAUGAAGAUGAAGAAGAGCCUGAUGAAGAACGGGGACAGAAGAGAAAACGAGAACCUGAAGACGAAGGGGAUGAAGAUGACUAA